AUGAUUAAUGAAAAUCAUUCUGCACAAGUAAUCACUGCUGAAACGUAUCAACAAUCAAAAAUUGUCAAUAAUUAUCAAGCAGAAAUCAUACAACCCCAACUUGAUUUGGAUUAUAUGAAAACAUUAUCAGGAAUGCUAAAAUGCAUUUGUAUUGCUUUGGAUUUUCUUUGCUUUAUAUGUAUACUCGUUGGAGGUCCUGCUUACUUCUCAGGUGCUGGAUGGGCUACCUUUGUUUGCAUAUUUGGUAUGCUAAUAUCGUUGACUCUUUUAGUCUUAUAUUUAUUUCACAUCGUUGAUUUAUUCCAACAAAUCCCAUGGAUUCUUAUCUUCUUUGUGAAAAAUACUCUUCAUAAAGAAAUGCGAUACCAUAAGUCUUUCCUUUUCCAGGAAAUGAUAUUUUGUUUUGCUUGGGCCAUAUUUUUUUUCUUGUGUGGUUGUGUCCUUGCAAUAGCUGCGGCAAAGUUCCACGGUGUUUCUGGCUAUGGAGCUGCUUCGUUUUUUGCUUUUGGAGCAUUAUGUGCUUAUGGAUUUGACAGCUAUCUCAAAUUUUUGGCUUGGCGUCAUGAUGAAGUGGCCAGAGGUGGAAUAGGAACAGCUGAACCUUUCCCAUACCAUACAAACUCUUACAAUACAACAGUACCACCAACUCGACAACGAAAAGUUGUCAUUAAUGAACCAAUGCAGAUAUAA